GAUGAGCUGAGGAGGGAGGAGUCAGCCCAUCGCGCCCAAAAGCACCACAGCUGACACAAAUCGGUGCAUUUGAGUACCAUCAUGGAAAGUGCGCGGUAAAGAGAAGCAAACAUAUUUUUCUCGGGUUCAUUAUUAUUUGGACUCAAGAUCGAUGUCGACGCCUACACAUCAGAUAGUUUUUUCCCCCUUCUCUGCAGCCAUAUUAGAUGAGCCGAUGUUGUAGCUACUUAACAAGUAAACAUUAAUUUCCUGUCUGGAGAGAAGUGUUUUUAGUUUAGUUGACGGCGACAGUAACUUUUGACCAUGGAGCACAACAGCUUGGGCUGCCAGGUCUGCCUUACCACAUUUAACAAGAUGUGUGAUUUGAAGCAACAUAUGCGCUCAAGGGCACAUCAAGAGAAAAUGGAAGAAGUCUUCCAGAAAGAUAAGUUCAAGGGUUCUGGCUUCUUUCCCUUCAUUAUUGUGAUGGAUCCGCUAUCCAAACAUGAAAUGAAACAGCCCAUCAUAGGCUUGUCUCUGCUGACUAUGUGUUUCAGUCGAGAGACAAAGACCUUUUUUUACCUGUGCCAUGUCUGUGAGGAAAAGCGUCCACCAGACAAGAUUUUACACCACCUCUCUUCUGGUGACCAUUGCAGCAACUACUUUAACUACACAAACCCCAAUGUACUGAGUUUCUCCUGGGUCCCCAGCAUGGAUAUGAGAGUCGUUCUGAGGCCUGAGAUCACAAAGGAAGUUAAAGAAAGAGGGCCCGGACAACUACAGAUGUUGGAUUUACCUGAAAAUCUGUUGAAAAAGCUUGAAACAAGUACCUACUUUGAAGUGAUGCGCGCACUCAGUGAAAAUGACAAGCUUCUCAAGCUGCUUGAAGCUGUCAAGCCAAAGAGGACAAUGAUACAAACAUACCAAAGAGACAGCAACAGGAAGCAUCCACUUCUUGGCAUGCAGCAUCUUGUUGAAUGCAUUUGUGUUGGACCGACUGAGAAGAGAUACUACCUUUGCACGCUCUGCAACCUAACUUUGGCCACCCACGCGAUCAUCAAACAUGUCCUGAGCUUUGAUCACAUCUUUUCUUACUUUAAAGCAUGGCACCCCUCUACUUUGGUGUCAAAGGAAUGCUACAAGGACUACACCAAGCAAUUUGCCUCUGAAAUACUUGAUUUCGCAAAGCAGACAGAGGAAAUUCAUGGUACUGCAAACACUGAUAUGAAGCAAAUGAGCCUGGAGCCUGGCGAAUUCCAAUCAGUGAAUUUCGCUUGUUAUGCAAAAGCUUUGAAGGAACUGGAAUCCAUCACAAAGGAAAAAAGGGAGAGCAGCUUGAUUACAAGCGUCAAGCAAGGGAAAAAGCUGGAGUUUCGUAUUCAGUCAGCAAGGCCUGUAGCAUCAUGCUACAAACUACGCUGUCAGGACUGCAGUAUGAACUUCAAGACUAUAUCUCCAUAUUUACAACAUUUGACAAAGUGGAACCACAAACAGAUGUUGAAGAAAUUCUUUGGCGAAGCUGAAAGAGUUGAUGGCUAUGACCAAACAGGAACGAAACCCAAUCUGGGUUUAUACAGGUACCUCCUAGAGAGCACGAAGCAAAAUCAACCAGCUAUUGGUGUACCCCUGGUAGUGACGUGUGUCAACACUGAGGUUCAGGGGGAAGCUAUUUAUGUGUGCUUUGCUUGUGAGGACUGUUUUCCCGAGUCCUUACUCAGACAACACUUUAACUCUCGAAAACAUCUCAUACACACGUUGCUGUACCAGAAUCCCUGGCGGCUCCCUUUUGCCUGGGAGAAUCCUCUGGAUGUGGAAGUCUUAAGAUCAAUGGCAUGGGAUGAGGAGAAGGAAAGAGGGCCAAAUCAGAUGUUGCUGAAGGUACUUGAUAUGCCAUACUGGAUGUUUCAGAGACUCAUCCCACCUAGUUACCCAAAAGUGAUGGAGAGACUUGAACUAUACCACACUCUCUUAAAGCGUGAAGUUCCACGGCGUGAAACAUACAGCAAACUCAAACAAAGCGAGAGAUUUCCUCUGCUCGGUCAGCAGUUCCUGGUCAUGCAUGUUGUGUGCGUUAGACGGCAUCAGUCCACAGAAGUGGGAUCUCUGUGUUUGCUCUGUGAGAGGAGGUUGUCAGACGAUGAAUGUUACGCUCAUGUGUUCAGUCGGGAACAUGUUGGAAAAUUUCUAGACCGUUUCCAUCCAGGCUCACAGAAUUCAAGCACUGAUGCAGAAACCUUAUUGGACUUGGCAAAACAGGCAGCACGUGUUCACUCCAUAUCACAUGUACAGGUUGUAAAGUUGGACAAGCCCAUCUGGGAGCCAUGCUCCUACCACAGAGCGAUAUCCAUCUUGACAUCUGCAAAGAAGAGAGAUCGGAAAGGAAAGCUUGAACCCGAAAUAAUGCCUAAACAGAAGCUAUUCCCCAGAGAAACUUUGAAAGAGGUGGACAAGGACCAUAUGAGAGACAACAGUCAGAAAAAUGGCAGGAUGAUGGAGGGGUCUGUGAAAAACCCCAGUCAAAAGUCUACAGAAAACACAGUAAAAGUUGGUGCUGAAAUGACCAAUACCAAAUGUGGAGAAAAUGCAGAAAAGGGAGCCGACGAGGAGACUCCUACACCAAGUGAAAAAGAAUCAGAGAAGAGAAGAGAGGUGUUUUCAAAAACAAGUUCAGAGGAGAUAAAGAAUGCAGGUAGUGACACAUGCCAGGCAAUAAAAGAGGAGAAGAUUGAAGAGCCUACAGAGAUUGGUGAAGAAAGGAGAAAAGAUGUCCCGACACGGUUAAAGAACAACAUGUACAAAGAAAAUAAAAGAAAGAGGCCAAGCAGCAUGUCUGAAAAAUCACAGGAGGACACAUGUCCUAAUGAGGAUGUAGAGAAAGACAUGGGCCAAAAAAGGCAACGGCUCACCUCCAAACACGACGCAUCAUCUUGCGAAGAACCCCAAAACCUGCCAAGUAGUGGACAAAAGGAGGCGACCACCUCAGACAAGGACGAAAGUCACAAGACUGCGAAAGAUAAAGCGUCUUCUAACAUGAACUACCAACAAGCAGCUCAAUUGUGGCAGUAUGUCAAGAGGAAGAGCCGAGAGCCUGUUGUUGGCUUAAGUGCACUUCUUGAAUGCCAUUGUGAUCAAUGUGACCCAAUCUACCUCUGUGAGUGCUGCUCUCUGAAGAUCCCAGAGAAGGACAUUGUCAGCCACGUUACCGGAUUUGACCACCAGAAGAUGUAUCUGGUAGGGUUACAGAAACUCCCAACUCCACCAUGGAACCACCAGAGGAUGAUAAUCAGACAGAGGGCUUUAUUGUUGGAAAAGGAUGAGGGAUAUGGAGACGCUCAGGUUGUUGAUGUGGAUGAAGAGAUUUACAAUAACAUCUCAAAGCAAAACUUUAAAUCAGCCAUACAGACAGUGAAGGCACUUCAGGCACAGCAGGAAAGCAGACUUGAACUCCCUUCAACCUCGGCUCUGUCUGCUGUUCAACCUGUGGACACCUCAGUCACCCUUCAUGCUCAAUAUGAGGUCUAUUCUUUGACAGAUGACUUCCAGGUCAGUCAAUUUGGCAUCAAUCAGGUGGUGGAGACUGAUGAUCAUUCAGAAGACUCUGAGGCACAGCCGUCCUCAGUAACUGCAACUGAGUCUGUAAUGACUGAAACCUCCUGCAAAACAACUCAAGUCCUCCCUGAGUCAGCUGACAACACUAACACCUGCCUGACUGUUUCCAGAAGUAGUGAAGACACAUCAAGUCUUCAUGUGUCUACAUGUGGGAAAAACACAACACGCUUGCAACCUGAUUCCACAGAAAAAGCUGAAAUAAUUUCAAACACAACGGUGGGACCAUUAAAAAUAGCAGCCACUUCCAAAAUAGUGGGGACAUCUCAAACUGCAGCAACUUCAGAUUCUACGGUAACCACUCCCACCAAAUCCACGACGGCCGUGUCCAAAUGUACAGUCGAAUCUUCCAUUUCUACUCCAGACACCACCAAAUCGACAGCACCCAUCUCCAAACUUACAGUCCCCAGCUCCAGCUGUAAUACAGCCACCACCAAAUUGAGAGAAACUGCCUACAAAUGUGUAGCAAGUGCCACUGCCAGCACCACCAAACUGACUGCAGCCAAUCCCAAUUCCAGUACAACAACCACCAUAUCUACAGCUCCCACCUACAGCUGUACUACAACCACCACCAACUGUAGAGAAACUGCCUUCAAAUGUGUAUCAAGUACCUCCAGUGUCACUGAAACCACCUCUAAAUUUACAGCAACUGUGUCCAAACUGACAGGAACCACCUCCACCUCUAGUGUUAACAUCUCAGGUGCAACCUCAACCACAAAAUCUGCAACAGUGUCCAAACCACUGGAAAGCAGAACUGGAGCUGCUAAAAUGACUAAAACGUCAGUUAAAUGUGAAAACACUGAAGCCUCUCCCAAGACUGUACAUAUGAAGAAUUCAGUGGGGUCAAAUGCUGAUGUUGCACCAAAUAUUCCUAAGAGUAAGGCACCUGAAGCUCCCCACCUCAUGUCCGUCAGGUCUGAAAACAGGAGUCCGUCCACAGAGCCAUCGCAUACCUCCACAAGUAAGACAAAGCCACAUGAAAGCUCUCCUAGAGUUGGCUUAAACAUGCUGAUUGUAGUGAGAUGUGAAGGAAGGCAGCAAAUCUACUGUCAGCUGUGUUCAGUCAAGUUACUCAGCUCCACUCACCUAAGGAGCUAUACCCACAAGUAUAACUAUGUGAAAAAGAUGAUCCCUGAGUGCACUGCUAAGCCGUCAGAGUUUGCCAAAUUGGACAAGAUGGUGGCCCUCUUGGCUGAGGUUGAGAAAGUUGCAGGAUCCCGGUCCCCUGAGACAAUAGAAGUGAAGAAUGAUGUGUACGAAGAGCUGGCUGCUCUUCCAGAGGAUAAAGCUGUAGAAAGACUGAAAGAAAUGGUGAGACAGAGAGACCUGAGGCACUCAUCAUCCUCCACAACCAAUGCUGCAGAGGUUUUGAGACAGCAAGUUGCCUUUGCUAGUCCGUGUGAAGUUUCAAGCCCAGAUGAUGGGAUGUACAUGCCACAGAAUGAAAUGGCAGGACUUUCUACUGAUAACCAAUCAGAGCAGGAGAACAAACAUGAACUCCAGAAACUAUUGGUCCAGAUGCCUGAAAUUGAAUCCAUUUCAGAAGAGGACGGAAAUCUUGCUCCAGGUCAGUCAGACAAAGCUCAGAGCUUCUAUGGUAAAAGCCCACAAGCUAAUGACCUGAUUUCAGACCAGCUUCAUUUGUGUCCGACCUUGAUUAAUGACCCAAAGCCCAUCACAACUCCUAUAAUUCAAGACGCAGACGUAGGAGUCAAGGUUGAACAGGAGACAUUUGAGUAUGAUGUGGAGUCCCAGGCUACGGUUGAUGUCACACCUGCAAUUGAGAGUCAAGUCAAAAUGGAGAAACCUCAGGGUUGGGCCGAUCCUCUUGCCACUGACUCAGAAUCCACAGGCAGAUUUGCCCAAACCCUUGAUACAUGUCAAGAGACUCCUGAAAAGGGACAACAGCAGGAGAGAAGUGAUCCAGAGUUACAGGACACACAGAAGGUGCUUGAAGGCACUCAGAAAACAUCCCCUGUAAAAAUCUUCAACCCAGACCCGCUCUUUUCUGCUACUUCAGUGAAUACAGAAAUUCAGCAGAACCAAUCAAGACCCAGCCAGAAAACAGAACAUGUACCAAAACACUCAGGAUGCAGUCCAGGACCUUGGCACCACAGUGCGUCACAGACACUCCCAAUAUUUUCAAUAGGAGAAAAAACUCAGGGCCCCAGUCAUUUGUCCUCAUGGUUGAAGGUGAAGGGACUGGAAACUGAACCAGUCAUAGGUCUGGGCUCUGUGUGGGAGUGUCGAGGGAUAGGGUUAGGGUCGAAGUUCCUCAAUUCAUUCUUCUUGUGUGAGAGCUGCAGCGAGACGCUCUCCACUAAUGACAUCUGUCAACACAUGGUCAGCAGUGACCACCAGCGUAAAUACAUGAAGAGGCAUUACCCUGAGUUUCUGUACUGGUCGAAGGAUGAUCUUGACGAGGAUAUGAAACUGGAGGUUUUAAAUGGCAUUGCCUGGAUGCUCUCACUGCGGGAACGUGAGAUCGAUGCGCAGUGUAUACUGCUGAAAAGGGAGUUGUAUGAAUAUGUUCGGAAAGCUCCAUUCAGUGAAGCUUUAAACAUAGUGCAAGAAUUUGAGAAAGAACCGAAACAGAGAGUCUUUUGUCUACCCAUCUCUACUCCACGACAAAAGGACCAGCAGCCUGAGGACCGGCAGAGUCUAGAGGAAUCUCUUCCCACAGAGAUACAGUCAGCACAGGCACUUGAGACAGACCAGAGAAGUGACAAUGAAGCAAGGAGAUUUACUGUUGGAGAUUUGGAUGGGGUCAAACAAAGAAGAGUCUUGAGUCCUUUGGAUGUGACCAGUGUCUCCUUAAAGGCUGAUUCGGUUGUCUCUCCAUUCCCCAGCGCUGGCACAUGUCUCAGUCCCCAAGAGACCUGCAGGAUCAUUUCUAUGCAACCAGAACUCAGACCACCAGUCUCUCAGCAACAGAGGCCUUUCCCCGAGUUGCAAGUGAAACGGACAGAGGUGCAAUCCCUAUCUUCCUCUAUUGUUAGUCCUAGUCAAACCCUGUCAAUGCCUCCCAGAGAUAAAUGUCUUCCAACCAGGAAAAGGCCAGCUGUUACAUCUGUUGAAACUCUGGUAAGACCUUGCACCAAUAACCCCCAACUCGAGGAUCCUUUGCCAGCCAAAUACAUUCGCACAUGCAGGUCACUGCAGCCUAUCAGACAGCCCAGCCUUGAAUCAGCCUCCAAGUUCACACCUGUCAACCCUGCUGCAACCUCCAUCCUCCUGUCUCCUAAGGACGAAGACACAGGACCUGGAUUUGAUAAACAAGACGCAUCCAUUGUGGACUCGACACACAUUGCACACCUAAUAGCUCUGUUGAGAGAGAUGAAGUCUGAGAAAAAAGUAUUCCCUUGCAUGUCUGCUCCAGAUAAUGCUGAGACUACUACCUCCUGCGCUUCACCCAAAAGUGGUGUGGAGAGAAGAUGGGAUCCAAAGCGUGUGCAGACUACAUCUACAAUGGCAAAAAGAAGAAGAUGGGAUUCAAAGUGUCAGCUGGUUAAAGCUACAGUGAAAAAAAAUCUGCCCCCCACUAACUCAUUGGAAGGGAUGGUCUCAACAGCAGCUCCUGUGGUCUUGGGCUGUGACAGCCAACUUGUCACCCCUAAUGCUAACUCUGCUUUCUCUGCCAACAACUCAUCUCUUGAGGGCUAUUUAAUGAGGGGCAACCUUUUAUUCAGAGCGACUGAAACCCAGGCAGUCGGUACCAUGUUACCUUCUGCCAGCACUGCUGACCACAGUGACCCACAACACCAGGGAAGUGUCAAUGCUCAGAGCGUCUUUGGAAACGUGAGUCUGUUCAAACCUAGUCCCUACUUUGUAGCCAGCAACCCAGGUCAAAUACCACAGCCACGAUGUAACUCAGAGACUGGUAGCACUGGGGUUUGUCAGUUGCCCAUUAACACGAUCAUAACUGCCAGGCCACACCCCACUAACCACCAGUUUAUGGGCGGCUUUAAGGGACAGGACCACACUAAGGCAAACAGAGGCAAUCAGGUCUCUCACAGUGUCUCCACAGAUUUAACAGCAAGCCCCAGUGACACUUUGGCAGCUUCAGGAGGGUAUGGUCAGUACAGCCAAAUGGCUUGUGUCACAAAUGGACAUUCAGGUUAUCUCUCUUCUGAGGCUGUUGCAGGUUACAUAACACCAGACAACCCUCCUGUAUUAACUGGGAGUUUAUACCAACAUGAAGGGUACACUAAAAGGGGGCUCUACCCAAGCCAGAUUUACCCAGAGCAGGAAGCAAACCGCUUUGGACACAGUUUAGCAACUCCAUCGGCUGGAUGGGUGAGGCUGGAAACGCAGCAGCAAACCCAGCAGCAGCAGCAGCAACUCCAGCAGCAGCAGCAGCAGCAGCAACUCCAGCAGCAGCAGCAGCAACUCCAGCAGCAGCAGCAGCAGCUCCAGCAGCAGCAGCAACUCCAGCAGCAGCAGCAGCAGCAGCAGCAGCAGCAGCAGCAGCAGCAGCAGCAGCAACUCCAGCAGCAGCAGCAGCAGCUAGCCCAGCAGCAGCAGCAGCAACUCCAGCAGCAGCAGCAGCAGCAAACCCAGCAGCAGGGCUCCUCGUGGACAAGUGCUGCUCUGGCUACUGGAAAUGGCAAAGUGAACAGUGAAGCUGCCUGCUUAGGCGCUGUUCAAUUCCCCACUCCAGCCAACAAUUCACAAAGGUCAAUUGAACGAAUGAACGAUUACAGCACCAACAGAAUCAUUCCAGCACAGACCAGUAACAACAUAAUAACACAGAACACUCCCCAAGUUUACCUCAGUCCUCCAGUUAUUCACUAUUCUCCUACAGCCAACAGUGAAUUCUUAGCCCAGGCAUCUGCAAACUCCUUUUAUGCCUCUGGCAGAGGGGUUUUUAUUGUAGCUCCCUCCAUGGUCAAUGCCACGCCUCCAGUUUCCCAUGAAACUACCCGUUAAGCCAUGUAUAUAACAAGACCAGGUUUUACAGUAAUAUGCAAAGUAAUUUCAUCAGUACAUCCGCUAAAUAUUGUUCUGCAUUUGUUUCUAGUAGACAUAAGUAAGUUUAGAUAUGUGGCAUACAUAUUGUGUCUUUAUCAGUGAGAUGUUGUACAGGAUCUUAAGCACUACACUGAUAUCCUGUCAGGAACAGAUGUCCCACCAUGCCAAAUGAGACACAAAUAGUGUUGUGUUAAAUGGACAGUGUUUAUUUCACACAUGUCAAUCAAAGGGAAAACCCAGCUUUGUUAUUCUCUCUUUAUUUUUUAAAAUUGUAUUUUUUGCUAUACUGUUAUUAUCCAUCCUUUUCAGGUUUAAAAGAAUCCUUAUUAGCAUUUGGGAAAACCUGAGAUGGAAAUCUGCACCUUUGUCAUCUUAUUUUCAAUAUGUUUGUCAGUGUGUGUGUUUACAUACACAUGGUGCUGUACAUGUAGGAGUUCUGCUUUGUAGCCACAGUCGGGAAGAAAACCCCUGAAACACAGUAAAAAAAAAACUGCCUUUUUAAUAGACAUACAUUUUAAAUUAAGUUUUCUCUUGGAGUAGCAUCAAGUUCAGAAUACUAUCAAUAUGUUUAAAACUAUUGCUUGCUUUAAAUACGAAGGAUGAGUUUGUAAAUCUUUUGAAUAAGAAGAACAUGUUAAGCUACUGAAGCUCGUUUCAGUUUUUAACAUUUCUAAUUUAACAUUUUCAGCAGUCAUAGACUGAUUUCUGUUUUAUAUUCAUUUUUUGUUCAUUUUAAUAAAAUUUAAUACAAAUCUUCUGUUGAAUGUGACUUAUGUGUAUAUGUUUUUUCAUAAAUUUUUAUUUUUUCCUUUUUGCCUAAAAUGAGUUUGGGCUACUUGAACUUAUUUUUGUACACAGAAAUUACUGAGGGAACAUCUACUUUCUUCAGGGGAGUUUGGCCUCAAAGCGUUUCGUCAGUGUCCAUGUGCCAUUCAAUUGUCCAUGUUAUUCAAUACAUGUUAAGACAUUUUCAGUUUUCCCAAGACCCAUUAGGCUCAUCUACAUGCUAGUCGCAUAUAACUAGUUAUCACGGCCCCCCUCAUAUUACAUUUUUUCCUUGGAUUUCUUUGUAGUCGUUUCUUUAGCUACAGUUACAACAAUAUUUUCAUUUGGAUUUCACCAGUAGUCUUCUUGCACUAAUGUGGAAGAGUCUUGUAAAAUUGACAGUGACAAAUAGUGCAUGUGACAAUUAUCACUACUGGAAAUACUUGACUGCACUUGAAUGAUGAUAAAAUACACUUGUGAAUUGAUCUCGAGGAAUUCUAACCUCAUUUGUAACCUCAGUUAUAAUCUCUCACAGACAUAUAAUUCAUAAUUCAAUCUCUUCAUAUAUGAAUGUUGUAUGAUUUUAUUUAUCCAGCAUAGACUUAUGUAAGGUGUUGUUUUUUCCCCCAUUCUCAUGAGAAGCUCUCUGUGUAAAAACAAAAAACAAAAGUAAUGUUGACAACAAUAGUGUACAGGUUUCAUCCUGUAUGACCUGAUUGCAUGCCCAGAAGGGAAACCAUGAACAUUGAGGUCCAGUAUUUGGAAGGCAUUUGGCCUGUAGAUGAUGAACUAAAAUUAAGUUACAGGGAAAUAUGCUUGUUGUGGGACACACAAAGAGCAUUGCAUGAAAAGUGGAACUGAUACAAAUACAGCAUAACCUGUAUAACUUGUGAUUUAUAGUGUUGUAUGCAUAAAAAAGGGGUUUCGCAGAGCUGAAAAUUGAAAUGUGAGUACCAUAUGUCAAUAACAAAUUAGCACAUAAAAAGGUUGGGUUGUCUUCAGAAGGUGAAGGGGUAGCACAUGAGUCUUCUGAUGUCCUUGGAGAUACAGACAUGGGGCAUUGUGACAUUCAAAACAUUAUCAUCGGUCGCGUUCUUCUGGCACUCCAAUGUAUUGGUGUAUAUUUGAAACAGAAUAAUUAACGGACUUGAUUAAUUGACCAAUGGGGGACCUUAAGUGUGCUGAUAGCAUGAGAACACCCCAUCUUGUGUCAGGUCACGAUUUAUUGGGAUAAACAAGUAUUGUUUUAAAGCUCCCUGACACAUGUGCCACCACCCUAAUAGCCCUUUAAAACAAAUUAGAGGUUCUUUGUCUAGCCAGUUGAGCUUGAGACAAUUCAGUUUGCUUGUAUUCUGUUUUGAUGCAAAUAAACCUGGACUCCUUAGUUCGACCGUGA